GAACACAAACACUUCCAACAGAAUCUUGGGAUCAUAUAUUUGAGUGUAUGUUUGCUUAAGAAAUCUACUGGAGACAACAACAAGUUGUUUUUCAAGUUUAUCAACAAUGCGAGGGCAGCUCCAGUCUGCUCCAUUGGUCCCGACUCUGUACAUUAUCCCAUUGCAAUAUUUUUGUGCUUCAUGCAGCACGUUCAAUACGAGAAAUCCAAGGGCUUGGUAUUCCUUUCUGACCUGCAAGGUUUGCCAACGCAUUUGAGAGACCCUCAGAUCACAACAUCUCCG